AUGUCCGCCCACUUCCUCUCCGCAGCCACUUUCGCCUCACCACUCUCACUCGACCAACCACCUUGCUGCCUCCGCGUUCUAUCGGGCGACUCAGGACAGCGCCGCAACCCGUCCUCACUGUUGGGACCUUGGGUAAGCGAAGCGCCCAGCGCGUCGAGGGCGGAAUGGGCACGGGGAGAGUCCGCAGGCCGUGCUAGCGGGUUUCGCUCCGUUGCAGGCCGAGCGCAGUCGGGCAACUGGCGCAGCUUAAUACGGGGAGGGAUCUCAGCGCGGGGCGAAAGCAGGAGCAGUGCGGGACCGGGCGCGGAUCAGUGGGGGCAGAGUGCGGAGGGGCGCAGAGAGGCAGGCGGAAACGGCGGAGGGUGGUCCGACAGGGGACGGCGAGGUGGGGGACGGUCGGUUGGCGGAUGGGAGAGAGGGGGACGGCGAGGCGGUAGCGCAGGAUGGGGGGCUGGCGAAGGGGACAGCGGAGGUUUAAGGGACAGGGAGGGCGCAGGGCGGCGGGAGGGAUCGCGCGGUGAGGGAGGGGAUUGGGGAAGGCAAUGGGGCGGGGGAGCGGAGAGCGCGCGCGAGCGAGGGCUGGAGGGGAGGGAUGGCAGGGGCGCAUGGCGCGCGGACGGCGGUCGCGCGGAAAGGGGGCGGGGCGGCGGGCGCGGCGAGCGCGGGAGGGGACGGGGUGGGCAGGCGGGCGGAACGGGGGCGUGGGGAAGGCGAGGAGAGGGGCGGUGGGGGAGCGAGGAGGGCGCGGAGGAGGAGUUGCCGUCGGGUUCGUUCGUGCUGCCCGACCCCAAGGCGGACGGCGCGGCGGACGGCGUGCUCGUGGUGGGCGUCGAGGGCCGCCCCCCCGCGCUCUCCCCGCGCGACCUCGUGUGGGCGCGCGCGCGCCGCGUGCGGUCAGGCGUGGUGAGCGACGCGCGGUGGUGGUCCGUGAUGGACGGCGACCGGUACGUGGGGGACGAGGAGGGGGACGAGGGGGCGGAGGGGGACGAGUGGGAGGGAGAGGGGGAGGAAGGGGGGGCUUUUGGGAGGGCGAGGGUGAUGGAGGGAGAUGAGGGGAGGGGACGGGAGGGGAGAGGGACAGAGCGCGGGGACGAGUCGGACACAGAGGGGGAGGAGGGGGAGGAGGGGGAGGAGGUGGAGGUGGAAAUGCGGGGGCAGGGGGGAGGUUUGGGGGAAGAGGAUGAGGCGGAUGGGCGAGAGGGCAUGAGGGCAGGGAGGAGGGGCGAGGAGGGGGCGGGCAGCAGGCGGGUGAGGGGCGUGCGGCUGUUCGGGCGGGACUUUGGGCGUAGCCAGGCAGGCAAGGGGGGGGAGGGUGGUGAGGAUGCCAACCUGUCAGCGCGGAGCCCGCAGGUGGCAACACCACGUGCUGACGUGGCGGCCUUGAGCAAUGCUGGUGACAGCAGGCAGAGGCUGGGUGGGGUGGGUGUGGGCGCUGGCAGCUCUGGUAGUGCGCAGCAGCAGCGGGGCGAGGGCGCACGGGGAGGGGUCGCGGCAGGGUGGCAGGGCGCGGAGGAGAUGCGUGGGGCAGGGAGGAAACAGCAGGAGGAGGAAGAGGAGGAGGAGGGAGGGGAGUGGGUUCGUGGCACGGAGUGGGCGCGGUACGGCAUGGAGGCACCAUUUGAGGGCAUGGAGGCACCAUUUGAGGGCAUGGAGGCACCAUUUGAGGGCAUCAUUGAGCUGGACGACGAUGGUGCAUGGGGGGCGAGCGUGCACGGCAGGGCUGGCAGGCGGCAGCAGGAGGGUGGUGCAGCAGGUGGGGUGAGCGAGGGCCCCAGCGUGCUGGACGCCCUGCGCCGACAGGUGGUGCCACGGGGCAGGGAGGGCGACGAGGGGCGAGGUGGGGGCAAGGCAGAGAAAGGGGAGAAGGGGAAGCAGGCGAGCAAGGAGGGUGGCGGGCGGGAUGCAGCAGCAGCAGCAGGCAAGGCAUCUGAGGGGUCUGGCACGGGCAGGGCAGCGGCGGCGGUGGUGGCCCCAUCCCAGCGGGACAACUACGACCCGGCGCUGGCGGACCAGUUCUUCAGCCGCACCUCCUUCGCCCAACUCGCCGCCUCCCCCGCCGCCCUCACAGCCCUCCAGGCGCUUGGCAUCACCCGCCCCUCACACAUCCAGCGCACAAGCCCGUUGGGGUGUGGAGCAUGCAACUCGUGCAAGCGCGCUGCCUUGCCGUGUGUGUUGGGGGGCACCCACCGAAUCAACGCCUCCUUCCUUCUCCCCUCCUCGCCCUUAUUCUACCGCCAUCCUUCAUGCGUUGCCUGCAUCCCUCCCUGCUGCUACCUUUCCCUGCAACCCCAACCUUACGCCCCCCUCCCUCGUCGCACGGGUGCACGAGGGCAGGCAGCAGCGUUCCCGUACGUGUUGCGCGGGGCGGACUGCAUCAUGGCGGACCAGACGGGCACCGGCAAGACGCUCGCCUACCUGCUGCCGCUGCUGCAGCGCCUCAAGGCCCACGAGCUUGAACGCGCGCGGGGGAGCGAGGGGGGCAGUGGGGAGGGGGAGGGAGGGGAGGGGGUGGGAGGAGGGCGUGUGGGCGGUGCGCGCAUGGGAGCAGCACCAAAGCGACCGGCGGCGAUUGUGUUGGUGCCCACCACUGAGCUGGCGAACCAGGUGGUGCGCGUGGCGCGGCAGCUGUCAGCGGGUGGCAUGAGGGUGCGGUCGGUGGCGGUGACGGGCGGGCACCGGUGGCGCACGCAGGUGGAGGCGCUGGCGGGCGGGGUGGACGUGGUGGUGGGCACGCCAGGCCGCGUGCUGCAGCACCUCGAUGCCGGCUCCAUGCUGCUGGACGAUGUCACGUGUGUGGUGGUGGACGAGGCGGACAUCAUGUUUGACGACGACGACUUCAGUGCCGCCCUCAAGCCCAUCCGCAUGGGGUGCUCGCGCGCGUGCCAGGUGGUGCACGUCACGGCCACGCUGCCAGCGGACGUGCACGAGCAGCUGCUGGCGGAGUACCCCACCGCCGUCUCCCUCAUCGGCCCCUCGCUGCACCUCACCUCCUCCGGCCUGCACGAGGUGCUGGUGGACUGCUCGCAGGCGGAGGGCGAGCAGCGCUCGGAGGAGGGCGGCUUUGCACGCAAGCGGGCGGCGCUGCUGCAGAUUGUGGGGGCGAGCAGGGGCAGGCGCAGGGGAGACGCGGAGGGAGAGGAGGGGGAGGGGAGUGUGGGCGCAGUGAGAGAAGGCGAGGAGAGCAGCGUUGGGUCAAAGAAGACGAUUGUUUUCUGCAACAAGAUAGAGACGUGUCGCUGGGUGGAGAACGUGCUGGUGAGGGCGGACCGCCAGCAGCGCCGCUACAGGGUGCUCGUGUGUCACGCAGGCAUCGCCCCCGAUGCGCGCCGCCAGGCCUUGGAGCAGCUGCUCGCGCCCAACCCGCCCCUGCCCCUCAUCCUCGUCUGCACUGACCGGGCGUCGCGCGGCAUAGACAGCAUCGACGUGGACCGAGUGGUGCUCUUUGACUUCCCACGCGACCCCAGUGAGUACGUCCGCCGCGUGGGCCGCACCGCCAGGGGAGCGGGCGGCACGGGCACGGUGUAUGUGUUCGUGCAGGGCGGGCAGGUGGGGCUGGCUCGCCGCAUCAUGACCCGCAGCGAUCGCGGGCUGCCCGUACAUGAGGUGCCCGACAGCUUCUUCUGA